AUGGCUGAUACCGUUGGCAAGACCAUUACCUGCAAGGCCGCCGUCGCCUGGGAGGCCGGUAAGGACCUGAGCAUCGAGGACAUCGAGGUCGCGCCGCCGCAAGCGCACGAAGUACGAAUCGAGAUCCACUACACUGGUGUCUGCCAUACCGAUGCCUACACCUUGUCGGGCAAGGACCCAGAAGGCGCAUUCCCCAUCGUCUUGGGACACGAGGGCGCUGGUAUCGUCGAGUCCGUGGGCGAGGGCGUCACCAACGUGAAGCCCGGCGACCACGUCGUCGCGCUAUAG